GAAACCGUUUCGCGAAUCUUCGCUUUGAUUCUUUUCUAGUGUCUGCAAUAGAAGCCCUAAUCUUUGAGAUUCGAUUCUCAAUGGCAAUGGCUAAUGUCUCUUUCAAGUCGGAACACACACUCGAGAGGAGACAGAUUGAAGCUUCUCGCAUCAGGGACAAGUAUCCAGAUAGAGUUCCAGUGAUUGUAGAGAAAGCUGAGAGAAGUGAUGUUCCCAAUAUCGACAAGAAAAAGUAUCUUGUACCGGCUGAUCUAACCGUGGGGCAAUUUGUGUAUGUUGUCCGUAAAAGAAUCAAGCUGAGUGCGGAAAAGGCAAUCUUUGUCUUUGUGAAAAACACAUUACCUCCAACUGCUGCAAUGAUGUCUGCAAUCUAUGAUGAGAACAAAGACGAAGAUGGGUUUCUCUACAUGACUUACAGUGGAGAGAACACUUUUGGUUUGGUUUAAAUUUGUCUACUUUUGGUGUUUUCAUGUGUGUAUAUAUAUCUGCUAUUAUGCUCUCUGAAUAAAGAGAAG